AUGCAUCUUAUAACAUCAUCCACUCAAAGAGGUUUUCUUAAGAGGGACUGCAGUAGGAUUAUAGCGUGAUACCGCAGUUUCCCAUGCCCUGAACCCGGAAGACUUCUAAGCCUAUGUUAUUAGGCCGGGGAUCAACUCAGGUAGGGAAGGAGGAUAAUCGUAUAUUGGCUUUUUUUCUCUUUUUUUUUCUCUUUUUUUUUUUUUUGUUUACAAAUCGAUUCUCUUCGUGCAAUCGAUUCUCCCGUCCUAUUCGAAAAGUAGUUUAAAUGUCGAUAACAUCCGAAGAUUGGAGUCAAUUUAAACACAGACCUAGUUGAAAUUCUUAUAGUUAGGGGGAUUUAUAGUAAUGGAAGUUAUAGUUUUAAUUAUGAGCUUUGAAUCGUACUCUGAUUUUUUUCCAAAACCUUUUCAUCGAAAGUAUUCCGAAUUAAUACGCUCUUGUUUUGCCAAACUUUUCUCGAUAGCAUAGUUGGAGAAGGGUCUUUUUCCCCCUCUGCCUUAUUUGCUUUCAAAACUUCUGGAAUAGCUUUGGGCCCUGUGCUGUGGCAAUCUUAUAAAAUAGGCGGAUGCUGAAAGUUUUUCUCUUCAGUUGUUUGUUCCUUUCUAGAAAGCAUUUUCCCUGCUGCAUCUUAAUUUUAUUGUUCUGGCUGCUUUUUUUCUCUCUCUCUCUUUUCACCUUAUCUUUCUUCUCUCCUUCUGUUCGACAGGUCCAUUAUCUGUAACCAGUGGGGCAUACCUUCGGCGACCAUUCAGUCAUUAUUUAUGGCCUAAGGUUGGUCACUUUCUUGUUCACAGUCCUGAAACUUUUUCCAUAUUAUCACCACAGUAGAAAACUUCGGUGAAGUGCAUGCAUUGUGUGCGGAGGGAUCAAUCCUUUAUGGUGGUGGACAACUAUAACUAAAACUAGAAAGCACUCUUUUAUGUUUUGGGAAGACUGUGAUGCAAUUUGAUAAUCUUUGUGGAACACUCGAUUAUUGUUUAUCGUCCCUUGUGAUUAAGAUACAACCAUUCAAUGGAAAUGGCAGCUUUUAUCAGUCUCUAGCUCCAUGUUAGCGCUGCCCGCUGUAGAAAAAUAGAUGCUUAAUACGAAAUUUUUUUUGUCCUUCGGCUUAUUUAUAUCCCGAGCCCUGCAUUACUUUCCACCAAUCUGGUGACAGCUUCUACUGAGAUACCCAUUGUUUCAUCCAUCUUUCUCGUCUGUGUCUUGAGUCUGAGCAUUUCUUGGAUUUGUAUCCAUGGGAUCUGUUUCUUUUGCAACGUGUUAUCUGUCCCCCCCCCCUGUGGAUGCAUUGAAGGUUUUUUUUAGUUGUGGUAGGCACAGUCAUUGCUUCUGAAAGAUUCACAUAUCUAAAUAUUUUUCGCUGCUCUUCCUGUCUAAUCCCCAGAUUUACCAUUCCCCGAAGCUUCAGAAGCGGGAAUGUAGUACUUCGGCCGUCGAAAACAGUGUGGGAUCUGAGACUAAAGAAAAGUAAGCGUCUUCCUUCAUAUGGAACUCUGCUCCACCACCAUCUACCCCGACGCUGUCUUCUCUAGCUAUCUAUCUAUCUAUCUAUCUAUCUAUCUAUCUAUCUAUCUAUCUAUCUAUCUAUCUAUCUAUCUAUCAUUGUCAUUGUCAUUGUCAUUGUCAUUGUCAUUGUCAUUGUCAUUGUCAUUGUUGUUGUGAGUCAAAUCUAGUUCUAUGUUCAGAGGCUUUGUAUAUUUUGUGAAUUUUCAGAAUAACUGUGACGUUUGUGGACAAGGAUGGAGAGGAGAAGGUGAUCAGGGUUCCUGUCGGAAUGUCCAUGCUAGAAGCUGCCCACGAGAACGACAUAGAACUCGAAGGUGGGAAUCCGAGACCCCGCCCACCUGUUUUUUCUCCUUCACUUACUGCCUGGUUUCUGGGUAAACGAAGGAAUGAUCUUUUUAUGGGCCUACAGAAGUGAGUGAAUGCUCCCAAGGCGGUGCGUGUUAGGGUUCUAACGAUGCCCCCUUCUCGUGUGCCCGCAGGUGCUUGUGAAGGCUCCCUCGCCUGCUCCACCUGUCAUGUGAUUAUUAUGGUGAGGGCCUCCGCGGCUUCAGAAAUCUGUGCACUUUUGCCUUCUGUGUUUUAUUCUGGGACCCUUCCAGUCUGAGCGGAGAUGUCUCUGCAGGACGUCGAUUACUACAACAGAUUGGAAGAUCCCACAGACGAGGAGAACGACAUGCUGGAUCUCGCUUUCGGUCUCUGUGAGACGUGAGUCCUCUCUCUCUCUCUCUCUCUCUCUCUCUCUCUCUCUCUCUCUCUCUUCUGACCGGGGUCUUGGCUGCAGCUCCCGUCUCGGCUGCCAGGUCAUCGCCAAGCCGGAGCUCGACGGCAUGCGCCUGGCCUUGCCGGCGGCCACGAGGAACUUCGCCGUGGACGGCUACGUCCCGAAGCCGCACUGA